AUUUUAUCCACGAUGGCGGAAGAGAACGUAUCGGUACCGCUCCCAGUCUGGCUAAAGGCAGAGCUCUUCGAAAAUAUAUUGACCAAGGGUUCCGGCGAUGCGUAUGCCGGCAUCAAAAGCUUCUGACCUGUGGCUGGGGUCAAGCCGGGAGAGAACUAUUCAUCGUUUAUGCUGCGCCUACACUUUGUCCUGAAGAAGCUGGCCCAGUGGCAUGCCGCCUGGGCCACGCGGGUGAGCUAAAGGAUUCGUAUACCCAGAACUAUCUUACACCCACAUAUAUGGACAGCAUGAGGAACCACAUCGAAAAGGUGGCAAAGACUCUGGGCAAAUACUUGCUCAAGUGUCUGCCCCUUUAUGGGGGCUAUGAGGAGUACAGCGCGGCAGUGCACAAACUACAGCCCAAGAUUGUAAAUCCUAUGUAUGUCAUGAACAAACCCAAUCCGCAGGACUUCAAUGGGCUCAACCACUGCGACUGUUGGACGUUACGCUAUAAAUCGGGAUCGCUAGAGCCCGCGGAGACCUAUUUCGUGGACUUGCAACUGCCGAAGGUGGCCAGUGUGGCCCUUGAUCUGUUGUAUUUCCUACUGGGAUCGACGCAAAUCGAUUUAAAGAUAAGGCACUUCGAUUACUUUAUUAGAUACUACCACGAUCAGCUGAUCGAAUACUUCAAAACACUUAAAUACCCAGAAGAUAAGAUCGCAACCUUGCGAUUUCUCCAUAUGCAGCUACUCAAAUACUGUUGAGUGGGACUGAUGCUUUGUCCUUCUGUGCUCCUCGAUCCGAGCGAUUUAAUUACUGAAGCGGAGAAUGGGGAUGACCUGAAAAUGAAAAUGUACUCAAAUGAUCGCUAUAAGAAGCAAAU